AUGGCUCGACACCAAGCAGUGUCGCAACUUCAUUUCUUUGUCUUUAUUCUUAAUACUCUUUUCAAAGACCCAAACUAUGGUCUAUCUGGCUUCGUGUCUAUAUCGCAAGGCGAGCUUGAAGAGUUGUGGGGAUGGAACACGCCAAUUCACCCCGACAUAAGGAUGUGUCAUCACGACAUUAUCUCAGAGCAAGCGGCUCGUCUAAAAGACAAGAUUGCGAUAGAAGCAUGGGAUGGUAAACUGAGUUAUCGGCAAAUCGAGGACUACUCUACCGACCUAGCGCAAACCUUGCGACUGCUUGAUGAUUCGUGGAACCAGAUCAUUCCGGUACUCUUCGAAAAGUCGCGAUGGACAGUAGUAGCUGUUGUUGCUGUCAUGAAGGCAGGCGCAUGCUUUGCCCUUCUGGAUCCCGCGCAGCCGGAAGGACGAUUACGAUCGAUCACGCAACAGAUCAACGCGACAUCGUUCAUUUGUGCAAAGUCUCAAGCAACGCUUGCCGCACGAAUUGCUCCUUCUGCUACUAUCCUCCCGAUCUCCGAGUCCAGAUUCGACAAGAUCUAUAGCCCGUUCGCGAAGCAACAGCCCAAGACGGCCUUGCCCAACGUAUCUCCAUCUGCACAGAUGUACGUCCAGUUCACAAGCGGUAGCACAGGUCUACCUAAAGGAUGUCUCAUCACGCACAGCCAGUACACAUCCGGUGCGGUUCCCCGAGCACAUCGCAUCGGCUACCAACAGCAUUCUCGCGUCUUAGACUUUGCUAGUUAUGCUUUUGACGUCUGUAUCGAUUCCAUGCUUUGCACCCUAGCAGCUGGAGGAACACUUUGCACGCCAUCCGAGGAGCGUCGCAUGAACGAUCUCGGUGGUGCGAUGCGUGACAUGAAAGUCACAUUCGCUGGCAUGACUCCAUCUGUAGCUCGCACACUGGAUGUAGACAUUCUCGAGCACCUCGACGCGCUUGCGUUAGGCGGUGAGGGAGUUUCUUCUAGCGAUGCGACUUCUUGGGGACAGAGGACAAGAAUUGUGAACGCCUACGGACCUUCAGAAACUACAGUCGGAGCCACCAUCAACCCUGACGUGCGUUUAAAGUCAUAUAUUACCAUGGGCAGGGCUGCUGGCUGCGCGCUUUGGUUGGUCGAGCCCAACAAUCACAACAAGCUCGUACCCAUCGGUGCAGUUGGCGAGCUGCUCAUCGAAGGGCCUAUAGUUGGAAAUGGAUAUCUGGACAACCCCGAGAAAACAGAAGAGGUGUUCAUUGAAGAUCCGGAGUUCCUCCAACUAGGGAGCAAGACUAUGCCUGGCCGACAUGGACGCAUGUACAAAACCGGAGACCUCGUGCGCUACGACCCCGAUGGGGACGGUGAAAUUAUCUUCGUCGGUCGUCAAGAUCAGCAAGUCAAACUCCGAGGCCAACGCAUCGAGUUAGCGGAAAUUGAAUACAAUAUGCAGAAAAACUUACCUUCAGACUGUCAACUCGCAGCCGAAGUCAUUAAGCCUGGUGGAAGCGGCGAACCUACUCUGGUUGCUUUCCUUGUCGAGCAGAGAGACAACGGUAUGCGACAUCUCGACGGCAAUAUUUUUGGCAGCUUUACGAACAAGUUCCAAACGGCGCUGCAAGUCGAUACGAAGGACAUACAAGCAUUUUCACUUCUCGGGCCAGAAUGGGAUGCCGAACAAGCAAGAGUUGAAUGUGCUCAGCUCUGCAGCGUCGACACUGUAGUAGUAGAAGAUGUCUAUCCUUGCACACCCCUCCAGGAAGGUCUCAUGGCAUUGAUAGCCAAGUUCAACGACGCAUAUGUUGCACAGCGUGUUGCUACAAUGUCUCUUGAAGCUGCACUAAAGUUGAAGAGAGGUUUGGAAAUAGCCCUUGAAGACUUACCCAUACUGCGGACGCGUAUCAUCAACGUGCCGGGCCGUGGUCUCUUCCAAGUCGUGCUCAAGGAUGCCCAAUUGGUGCGGGAGCACGGCUCAGAUGUAGCCAAAUACCUUGAGAUUGACCGCAACGAGCCCAUGGAGCUAGGGAAAGCAUUGUUCCGCUACGGCCUAGUUGAAGAAGCUGGAAGCGAUAAGUGCCACUUUGUUGUCACGGUGCAUCAUGCGGUCUACGAUGGUUGGGCGAUGCCUCUAGUCGUCGAGAGGAUCACUCGCGCAUCCAUCGGUAAGAAGACCAUUCGCCCAGCCUCGUUCAAGCACUUCAUCAAACAUCUUAACCAACUUGAUCCGAUCGUCGCCAAUGACUACUGGAGAGAGCGACUACAUGGAGUAAACCCAUAUCAAUUCCCUCCUCUACCAUACAAGGGAUACAUUACGCAAGCCAACUCUUCACUUGAACACUACGUAAAGGUUCCGACUUCAGUACAUUCGAAGCUCACGUUGGCCACAAUUAUUCGUGGCGCGUGGGCACUGGUAUCGUCGCUGUAUAUGGGCCACGCAGAUAUCGUUUUCGGCGAAACGCUUACUGGACGCUCUGCACCUGUGCACGGCAUCGAGCAGAUUGAAGGCCCGAUGAUCACUACUAUUCCUGUGCGAGUUCGCCUCAGUCUUGACCGACCAAUCUCCGAGUUCUUGCAGACUGUUCACGCGCAAACUGUGCAACAGAUCCCGCACGAACAUUUGGGUCUUCAGAACAUCCGGCGAUUAAGCAGGGAUGCUCGCAAUGCUUGCGAGCUUCGCACCGGCCUCGUACUUAAUCGAAACGAAAGUGAAAGUUGGGGCAGCAAAUCGGACGGAGACUCGCCGGCGGACAAGUUCCUCCCUGCGGACGAUGUCGAAGCAGCGCGAGAAGCAUUAAAGUUCAACACGUAUGCGCUCAUGCUUGUAUGUACUCUCGAAGAGAAUGGAUUUCUCAUCAUGGCAAGUUUCGAUUCGAAGUGCAUCAGCUCCGCCGCUAUGGAGAGAGUUAUGGUCGUCCUUGACCGUAUCGUUACGACAUUCUUGGGCAACCCUGAGAGUAAGCUCGGUGAUCUGGCAGUACUCGACACCCAAGAGGAGCAAGAUGCGCUACAAAUGAGGCCCAAAGGCGUCAUGAGUGACAGUGGCGUUGGCAUGUCACCGGUGGAGGGUGCUACAGUUGAAGACGCGCUUGCACCGAAAAUGAUUCUUUCUGCUAACGAGGAGAAGCUGAGGAGUCUGCUAAGUUGCAUACUUGGUAUGCCGGAAGUCGACAUCAACCCAAACGACAGUUUCUUUCAGCUUGGUGGAGAUUCCAUCGAUGCCAUGAGGUUGGUAUCAGAUGCUCGAGCCCAAGGUUUCAAUGUUUCAGUCGCACAGGUCUUCCAAAGCAAGUCGUUUUCCGAGCUAGCAGCCUCGUUUGGAAACGAGAAGGAAGACAAAGUGCUCGAGUUACUUAGUCGGAUCCUUGGUAUGCCCAAAGAUGACAUCAGCGCACAGGAUAGCUUCUUCGAUCUGGGCGGUGACUCUAUUGGUGCAAUGAGGCUAGUCUCAGAUGCUCGUGCACAAGGUUUGGAAAUCUCAGUCGCACAAGUGUUCAAGAGCAAGUCGCUAUCCGAGCUAGCUGCGUCUGUCCAAAGUACGAAACCAUCACAACCCGAUGUUCUGGUAGGUGCGCCAUUUGGUGCUCCAGGCAAGGAGGCGUCGCUGUAUAGCGCUGACCGUAUCUUCUCGUACCUCGAAAAUCAGGAGUAG